AUGGGCGGCAUCAUCGUAUGCUCGACAUUUGUUGCCCGGGGUUAUCUCCCGGAGUACUCCUAUGGCCGAUCUGGCGAUCUGUCACCCAACCUACUUAAACAACCUCAAAGGCUUGACCCAAGUGACACCGUUGCAAUUCUCAUCUAUUCCGCUGCAAUUCACCUACCUAUCUGCCAUGGCUGA